GUUUAACUGUUUAUCUAGUCCAACCCAAAGCUUGCAACAAUACCCGCCACUCGCCGUUAAGGAGAGUAAGAAGAAGAAUACUUCAGAUUAAUUAAACGUUAAUGGCAACAACUACUAUGGCCGUUGGAGCCAACAUUUUGAGAGGCGGCGCUGGCAGCGUUCGUAUCCAGCUCCUCCUUUCCUCCUUCUCUUCCGCCAAAUUUUCAAAUCCAUCCCUUUCCUUUUCGCGCUCAUCGCUAAAACUUACCACCAUCCUCCAAACUCCACGAUUCUUUCACUUUCACUGCCAUCAUCCUAACAUUAACACCAAUCUCUCCCUCUCAUUUUGCACUUCUCCUGCUACCACCCCAGACACCGCCGCCGCCUCCACCACUUCGUCAUUCUCAGAUAAGGAUAAGGAUAAGGAUAAGGAUAACAAUGUUAACAUAAAGGAUGCAGCCAACAUGCUCGACAUAAGGGUUGGGCGAAUCAUCAAAGCUUGGAGACACGAGGAGGCGGAUUCGCUUUACGUGGAAGAAGUGGACGUGGGUGAGGCUGAGCCCAGAAUUAUAUGCAGUGGUCUCGUUAAGUACAUCCCCGUUGAUUUCUUGCAGGAUAGAAAAGUAAUUGUGCUUGCUAAUUUGAAGCCCAGAAAUAUGCGAGGUGUGAAGUCUAAUGGAAUGCUUUUGGCUGCUUCUGAUGCCGCUCAUGAGAAUGUUGAGCUGCUUGAACCUCCUGAGGGUUCACUCCCUGGAGAAAGAAUAUGGUUUGGUUCUGAAGAAGAUAAAGAAAAUCAAUCUGCUCCGGCCACGCCUAACCAGAUUCAGAAGAAAAAGAUUUGGGAAUUGGUUCAGCCUCAUCUUAAGACGGAUGAUUCCUGUAUUGCUAUGCUUGGAGAGCAAUUAAUGCAGACUUCUGCAGGUGCAGUGAUGAGCAGAUCUCUGAAGAAUGCAAAAAUCAGCUGAUCAGCCUUUGACCUUCAUGUUACUUACUCCUGCACUGGUUUUUGGUACCCAUAAAUCCUAGAUGUCAUAUGAUUUUCUUUUUUCAGGUUUAACUGGAGAGGAAAGUGAAUGUAGUAUUAAUCAUUCAAAUCUUCAACAAUGAGAAGCAUUUUGUCAGCUAUUUUACAUUGUCAUCAUCAUGCAUGAUUGUGUUGCAUUAUCUUUGUUAUGAUUACUGAGAGUUUAAUAAGAAAAUGUGGUUUUGGGUCCUUGAAGUG